ACCCGAACGUCAGUCGAGCGGGGCGCGGUCGCUGUCACGGAGCGGAGUUGGUGCUUGUCAUCCGGCCGCCAUUAUCUCGUAUUUAAACGGAUUUGUAAAAUCAAUUAAAGUUUGCAUUGUCGUUGCGUGUUUUCAGUGUUCAGUGGAGUAAAAAACCCUGGAAAUUAGCGAGACGUGGUCGUUUGUUCAAAGAUUGUGUUUUUCGGAUUUGUACGAACAGUGAAAAGUGGUACUGUUAGGUUACUGUGUGUUGGGUGCUAACAUUGUGUAGGGUGGCUCCGGUCUCGCCGGAGCGGCAGGACGCGUGUGGAGCGCAUGCAGAGGGAGCGGUGAGAGCGCGCCCGGCUCAGGGGUCGGGGCGGCCGGCGGCCAAGGAACAGGGACAGCUGCCGACAUGGGGUGCGCCCAGUCGGCCGAAGAGCGAGCAGCGGCAGCUCGUAGCCGACAGAUCGAGAGGAACUUGAAAGAGGAUGGAAUCCAAGCCUCCAAAGAUAUCAAGCUGCUCUUAUUAGGUGCUGGUGAAUCAGGCAAAAGUACUAUAGUCAAACAAAUGAAAAUUAUCCACGAAAGUGGCUUCACAAAUGAAGACUUCAAACAGUACCGGCCGGUGGUGUACAGCAACACGAUUCAGUCGCUCGUCGCCAUCUUGCGCGCCAUGCCCAACCUAGGCAUCACCUACGGCAAUAAGGAUCGAGAGAGCGAUGGCAAGAUGGUGUUUGACGUGAUCCAACGGAUGGAGGACACGGAGCCGUUCAGCGAGGAGUUGCUGGCGGCGAUGAAGAGGCUCUGGGCGGACGCCGGCGUGCAAGAAUGCUUCGGUCGCUCCAACGAAUACCAGCUCAACGACUCCGCCAAAUAUUUCCUGGACGACUUGGACCGGUUAGGUGCGAGAGAUUACCAGCCCACCGAACAAGAUAUUUUAAGGACUAGAGUCAAAACCACUGGCAUCGUCGAAGUGCACUUCUCCUUCAAAAACCUUAAUUUCAAAUUGUUCGAUGUGGGCGGCCAGCGAUCCGAGAGAAAGAAAUGGAUCCAUUGCUUCGAAGAUGUCACCGCGAUCAUAUUCUGCGUCGCCAUGUCGGAGUACGAUCAGGUCCUGCACGAGGAUGAGACAACGAACCGUAUGCAGGAGAGUCUAAAGCUGUUCGACUCGAUCUGCAACAAUAAGUGGUUCACCGACACCAGCAUCAUCCUGUUCCUCAACAAGAAGGAUCUGUUCGAGGAGAAGAUACGCAAGUCGCCGCUCACCAUAUGCUUUCCCGAGUACACGGGCGCACAAGAAUACGGCGAGGCAGCUGCGUACAUCCAAGCCCAGUUCGAGGCGAAGAACAAGUCUACCACCAAGGAGAUCUACUGCCACAUGACCUGCGCCACCGAUACUAACAACAUUCAGUUCGUGUUCGAUGCCGUCACCGACGUCAUCAUAGCCAACAACCUUCGCGGCUGCGGCCUCUACUAGAGGCGAGGAACGAGCCAGCCACCGGGUGCGAAUGCGAUCACAAGACAGCUCCAGCGGUCGCCGACGCCGAGCGGCGCCCGCACAGUCUUGUGCUCGUAUUCGAGAGUUCCUCGCGCCGCGACGCCCGGCCCGGCGCCGCAGGCUGCUGAUGUCCGCACUGCAAGCAUAUCACGACGUCGGCGCGGGCGAGCGUCGCGGCCGCUCACGCCGCAGCUACGCGUAUUAUAAUUACCUAUAUAUUUUUAUGGAAAGUAAGCUUACUGGAUAUACCGCCGAUGUGCAGAUAUCAUGUGUCACAUGGCUUGGGGCAUUGUGUAUGAUUUUCAAAAGCUCCCAUCGACAGUGUGCGACUAGAUCCGACCUACCGGUAGUGUUUCAUUUCCCCCUGUAAUAUAAACACCGUAGUUUGGUUAUUGUUUCGGCGACGCGAUCGGGCGGGCUCGUGUCCGCUGCGAUCGUUUUCGAUUAUUGUGAAUUAGUGAUCUAGUGUUCAAUUCUAAAUUUUGGUGCUAGGCAUUUGGUAUAGUGUUACGUUGCACACGACGUGUCGGACUAGUGGCCCGCUGGCGCAGGAGCUCCGGUAUCUAUAUGUGCUUAUAUACUCACUCUCUUACGGACCAAACACAGAAAGGAACCAAUAUUUAGUAUUGAAUUAAAACACGGUAGUGAGAUGCAUGAAUACGUUCACAGGCCUACUUAAACUGAUUACAAAACAUCAUUCCAUUAUUAAGUAUUAUAUCACUUAUAAUGAGAAAUUAUUUUUUAUAAACUUUUGAAUGCACAACUGUAACCGCUCUAUGGAAUAAGACGACGUCUUUUAUGUUACGUACCUACGAUCAUACUUUAAGCUAAGUCCUAUCAUCCAAUGUUAUUAUUUAAGUUAAGCAUCGUAUUACGCACAAAUUAUUUAUUCCAGUAAGAGCAUUAAUUUGUUACGCCAUAUACAAUUCUGAAUAUUUUUUUUUGAGUUCAUAUUUUUCUAUAUCAUUUUACAGUUAUCCUUAAGGUGUAGCCAUUUAAGAUCUAUUCUUGUAUUCAAUUAUUGAAAUCAUGUUAGGUAUUUAUUUUAUCUAGAGUACUUGUAUUAAACGUGGUAUAUGUAAA